AUGCGCGAGGCGAUCUGCAUCCACAUCGGCCAGGCAGGGGUUCAGAUCGGAAACGCUUGCUGGGAGCUUUUUUGCCUCGAGCAUGGCAUCCAACCCGACGGGCAGAUGCCCUCCGACAAGACGAUCGGGGGCGGGGACGACGCCUUCAACACCUUCUUCUCGGAGACGGGUGCUGGCAAGCACGUUCCGCGUUGUGUGAUGGUGGAUCUUGAGCCCACCGUGAUUGACGAGGUCCGCACCGGCACUUACCGCCAGCUUUUCCACCCCGAGCAGCUGAUCUCUGGGAAGGAGGAUGCGGCCAACAAUUUCGCGCGCGGCCACUACACGAUCGGCAAGGAGAUCGUCGAUCUGGUCCUGGACCGCAUUCGGAAACUCGCCGACAACUGCACUGGGCUCCAGGGAUUCAUGAUCUACAAUGCCGUCGGCGGAGGGACCGGCUCCGGGCUCGGCUGCCUGAUGCUGGAGCGCCUGUCCGUGGACUACGGGAAGAAGACGAAGGUCUCCUUCACCGUGUGGGCGUGCCCGCAGAUCGCCACCGCGGUCGUGGAGCCCUACAACACGGUGCUCUGCGUGCACUCCCUGCUGGAGCACACGGACAUCACCAUCAUGUACGACAAUGAGGCAUUGUACGACAUUUGCAGGCGGAACCUUGACAUCGAGCGCCCCACCUACACGAACUUGAACAGACUCUUAGCCCAGAUCAUAUCCUCGCUAACGGCGUCGUUGCGCUUUGACGGCGCGCUCAACGUGGACAUCACGGAGUUCCAGACGAACUUGGUUCCGUACCCGCGCAUCCAUUUCAUGCUCUCGAGCUACGCACCGGUGAUCUCCGCAGAGAAGGCUUACCAUGAGCAGCUCUCUGUGGCGGAAAUCACCAUGUCCGUGUUCGAGCCCUCUGCCAUGUUUGUCAAGUGCGACCCCCGCCACGGCAAGUACAUGGCGUGCUGCAUGAUCCGGCUGCGCUGCUGCGCGAAUCCGCUGCCGUGUGCUAAGGACGUGAACGCAGCCGUUGCCACGAUCAAAACGAAGCGCACCAUCCAGUUUGUAGAUUGGUGUCCUACCGGCUUCAAGGUCGGCAUCAACUACCAGCCGCCCACCGUGGUGCCCGGCGGUGACCUGGCUAAGGUGAUGCGGGCGUGCUGCAUGAUCAGUAACUCCACGGCCAUCGCGGAGGUGUUCUCCCGCAUCGAUCAUAAGUUCGACCUCAUGUACUCUAAGCGUGCGUUCGUACACUGGUACGUCGGCGAGGGCAUGGAGGAGGGCGAGUUUUCUGAGGCUCGCGAGGAUCUGGCUGCGCUAGAGAAAGACUACGAGGAGGUCGGCAUCGAGACCGCCGAGGGGGAGGGCGAGGAAGAGGGCUACGGCGAUGAAUUCUGA